GAUGUCCAACUGUUAUUUAAAUUCAGAAUGUAAAAAUUUGAUUAAUAGUAGCAAUUUCUCACGUAAUUUAUGCAUUAUCUUUGAAAGUAUUAAAAGCAUUUUAGAAUCUAAUGAAGAUGGAAAUAAAAUAUUGCAAAUCUUAAUGAUUCUUUAUAAUUAG